UCGACAUGCACGGCAGUCUUCAAAUAUGAGUUUGGAUGUUAACAUGUUGAAUACUGAUUUGAACACAGCAGAGGAUGUCUACAAAGUGACAGAGGUGGAAAAGGAAUGGACAGACGGGGAGGAUGCCGCCUCACAAGAUUGGGAAGCCGAGAAACGAGAACCAGAUGAAGGGAACCAAAAUACCAAGAAACAAGACUCCAAUUACAACCCAAAAUCAAAAGACCAGGGCAUCGUGUGUUGUGUUUGCAAAAAAUACAUCACCCGCUCCAAAAACCUGAAACUACAUAUGCGCGUACACACUGGAGAAAGACCUUAUGAAUGCAAAAUGUGCGGAAGCCGCUUCAGCAACUCUAGUAUGUUACAAAUUCACAAACGAACUCAUACAGGUGAGAAACCUUACGAAUGCGACGUGUGUCAUAACAGGUUCGCAGUGAAAUCUCAUUUACAGAGACAUUCAAAAACUCAUACCGGGGAAAAGCCUUACGAAUGUAAUGUAUGUCGAAGCAGGUUCACUAGCAACAGUAACCUACAGGGGCAUUUGAAAACGCACACAGGCGAGAAACCGUUUCAAUGCGACGUGUGUCAAAAAAGUUUCGCGAGAAACUCCGUGUUACAAAGGCAUAUAAGGACUCACACGGGUGAGAAACCGCACGAAUGCAAUCUGUGUGAGAAAUCUUUCGCCGAUAGAAAUAAAUUGCUUGUACAUUUACGCACUCAUACUGGUGAGAGACCUUAUGAGUGUAGUAUAUGUCCGGCUAGGUUUAGCGAUAAUGGUAGGUUGAAAAUACAUAUAAGAACUCAUACAGGUGAGAAACCGUAUGAGUGUACGUUUUGUCAACGCCCCUUCGCAGAUAAGUCCAAUUUGAGAAGUCAUAUGUUGAAACAUAAUGAGGGACAUAGUUUUUUACGAGCUACUAUGAGAAAUUCUUGAAAUCACGUAUUAAAAUUAUCUUUCUCAUGGCUAAGUCUUUGUGUAUAUGUCGCAAAGCGUGGGAGCAUAAGUUGAACCAAAAUGCGGCCACCCGUGGGACUUUUCUAAGUUACGCACAUUAGUUUUGUUACUAACGGUAAGGGAAACUAUUGUGUGAUUUGAUCGUAUAGUGCAUAUCAAAUAAGAUAUUUAGUGUUCUUAAUACUAAAAUCAAUUUCAGCCCAAUUCGUUAUCUCUAUACAUUUGGUCUUGAUUUUUUUAAAUAUAAUGACUUAAGUUAAUAAGUAAUUUAUUGUAUGCGGGAAUGAAACAACCACAACUUUCGAAUAUAUUUAAUAUUGUUAUAUAUAAUAUUCACAAGUAUUUUUUAUUAGCAUUUGACUGCGACUUCUUUCGCGUGUAAGCCUAGUGUUUUCGCAAUGACACUUUCGCAUUUAUGGUAUAGAUAUAGGUUGAAAUGAAACCGUGCCAUCUCUUUCUCGCAAUUCCGCGAUAAUGUUAUCGUACGCAAUAAAUGUUAGUAAAGUUUAUUUUUAUUUUAUUGUUAAGUCUGUUUUUAUACAGCAAAUACACGAGUUUAAUUUAAGAAUUAUGUUUUAAUGGAAUAUUGUUAAUUAAAAUUGUUACAGUA